AGAAAAUGUUGGAAUAGGAUUUGUAAAAAAUUCAGAGAAAGCUACAGCAAAAAAAUAUGGAGUUACAUCAUUUCCUACCCUUGUAUACUUUAGGAAUAAACAUCCAACAGUAUAUGAUGGAGAUCUUAUGGAUGAAGAUGCAGUUCUCAAAUGGUUGACUGACUUGGAUUCAAUGGAACUGCCAGAUGAAAUUGAAGAAGUUAACCCAGUUCUUCUUCAGAAGAUUAUUGAUGAAACUGACUAUGUAGCUGUUCUAUUCUAUAAAAAGGGAUGUAAGAAAUGUGACACUGUACUUCAAGAACUAGAGAACAUUGAUGAUGAUGCAGAUCAACAGGGCAUUGCAUUUGUGAAGAUAGCAGAUGAAGGUCUUUCAUCAGAAUAUAAUCUGGUGGAUUUACCAGCUCUUGUUUACUACAGAAAAAGGAUUCCACUACUGUAUGAUGGGGAUCUUCACAAUGAGGAAGAUGUCCUCAGUUGGUUGGUUGAAUUCAGAGACUUAGGAGAGGAAGAAGAUGUCAUUGAAGAUGUUUCUGCCAAAACCCUUGACUCUUUGAUUGAAAAAUCUCCAUUUUUAGCUGUCUUAUUCUAUGAUGGAGAUUCUAAAAAGAGCAAGAAAAUUCUGCAAGAAUUAGAAGACAUUGAUGAUGACACUGAUAAAGAAGGUAUUCCUUUUGUAAAGAUUGAUGAUGAUAAAGUGGCAGCUGAAUACGGCAUUGAUCAUCUUCCUACACUUGUCUACUUUGAAGAUAAGAUUCCAAAUUUUUAUGAAGGUGACCUUACCAAAGAAGAAGAAGUAUUGAAGUGGCUUAUUAAACAAAAAUCCAGCGAUGAAAUAGAAGAUAUCACAGAUGAGGUUUUAGACAAACUGGUUAAGAAGAAUGACUUGUUGGCUGUUUUAUUUUAUGAUAAAGAAAGUAAAAAAAGCACAAGAGUCUUGACAGAACUCGAAAAUAUUGAUGAUGACACAGACAGACACAACAUUCCUUUUGUGAAACUUGAUGAUGAAGAAAAGGCUUCUCAAUAUGGUGUCAAAAACCUACCAACCUUAGUGGCCUUCCAGAGCCAGGAGCCUAUAGUGUAUGAAGGUGAUCUUCAUAAUGAAGAAAAAGUACUGGAUUGGCUACUUGAAUUAAAAGGUUCAGAUGGUGAUGAUGAUGAUGAUGAUGAAGAAAGUGUUAUAGAGGAUGUAUCAUCUAAAGCUUUAGACUCGCUCAUAGAGAAGUCUCCCAACUUGGCAGUUUUGUUUUAUGACAAAGACAGCAAGAAAAGUAAGAAAAUACUAGCAGAGUUAGAAAACAUUGAUGAUGACACAGAUCGUCAUGGUAUUCCUUUUGUGAAGAUUGAUGAUGAUAGAAUGGCUGCUGAAUAUGGCAUUGAUGAUCUUCCUACUCUGGUUUACUUUGAAGAUAAAAUUCCAAAUUUCUAUCAAGGUGACUUGAGCAAAGAAGAAGAGGUCCUGAAGUGGUUGGUCAAACAGUUAACAUCUGAUGAAAUUGAAGACAUCACUGAUGAAGUGCUUGAUAAGCUUAUAGAGAAAUCUCCAUUUCUCGCAGUGUUGUUUUAUGACAAAGACAGUAAAAAGAGCUUAAAAGUGAUACAAGAAUUAGAAAACAUUGAUGAUGACACUGACGAACAUGGCAUUCCAUUUGUAAAGAUUGAUGAUGAUAAAACUGCUGCUGAGUUUGGAAUUGAAGAUUUACCAGCUUUAGUGUACUUUGAGAGCAAAGUUCCAAAUUUCUACCAAGGAGACCUGACAAAUGAGGAAAAAGUUUUGGAGUGGUUGAUUAAACAGAAAACCUCUGAUGAAAUAGAAGAUGUCACUGAUAAAGUAUUGGAACAAAUGAUUGAUAGUUCAAAGUACUUGGCUGUACUAUUUUAUGAUCGAGAAAGUAAGAAAAGCAUGAAAGUGUUAGAAGAAUUAGAGAACAUUGAUGAUGAUACUGACAAACAUGGCAUUCCUUUUGUAAAAAUUGAUGAUGAUGAAUCUGCUGCUGAAUUUGGCAUAGAAGACCUACCUGCUCUGGUGUACUUUGAAAACAAAGUUCCAAACUUCUAUCAAGGGGAUUUGACUAAGGAAGAAGAAGUUUUAGACUGGUUGGUCCACCAAAAAAAUUCUGAUGAGAUUGAGGAUGUGACAGACAAAGUCUUAGAACAGAUGAUUAAAAAUUCCAAAAUUUUAGCAGUGUUGUUUUAUGAUAAGGAUGAUGAAAACUCUCUGGAAGUUAUUCAGGAAUUGGAAAACAUUGAUGAUGAAGCUGACUCGCAUGGACUAGCAUUCAUCAAAAUAGAUGAUGAUGAAGUGGCUAAAGAAUAUGGAAUUGAUGAUGAACUUCCAGUAUUGGUUUAUUUUGAAAAUGAAAUACCAAGUGUUUAUCAAGGUGAUUUGAAGAAGGAAGAAGAAGUCUUAGAUUGGUUGUUGAGACAAAUUUCAUCUGAUGAAAUUGAAGAGGUGACGGACAAAAUGUUGGAUAAUCUAAUAGAUAAACAUCAGUACAUUGCUGCCCUCUUUUAUGAUAGCAAAAGCAAAAGGAGUGAGAAAAUCUUGAAGGAACUGGAGAACAUUGAUGAUGAAGCUGAAGAAAAUGGCAUAGUUUUUGUCAAAACAGAUGAUGCGGAAGCAACAGAAAGAUAUGGGAUAGAGGAACUGCCAACACUUGUCUUUUUUGAUAAUGAAAUCCCCAAUAUAUAUUAUGGUGACCUGACCAAUGAAGAAAAAGUUUUAGAAUGGUUAAUUGAACAGAAAACAAGUGAAGAAAUUGAAGAUGUGACUGAGCAGAUGCUGGAUCACCUUAUUGCUGAAUCUGAAUUCUUAGCUGUCUUGUUCUAUGAUAAAGAAUCUGUAAAAAGUGAACUGAUACUAAAGGAGCUGGAAAACAUUGAUGAUGAUACAGAUAAACAUGGAAUUCCUUUUGUUAAGAUUGAUGAUGACAGCAUGGCAAAAGAGUAUGGCAUUGAUGAUGAACUUCCAGUUCUGGUUUAUUUUGAAAACAAAGUUCCAAGUGUUUAUGAAGGUGACUUAACCAAUGAAGAGAAAGUUCUGGAAUGGUUGAUAAAACAGAAAGAAGAAGAUACCAUAGAAGAAGUGACAGAAGAAAUUCUUGAGGACUUAAUUCAAGAUCACCCAUAUGUGUUGGUCUUUUUUGCACCUGAAACUUGUAAAGAAUGUGAAGCCAUUCUUCAUGAAUUGGAGAACAUAGAUGAUGAUACAGAUGAUCAUGGAAUCCUGUUAGUAACAACAGAAGAUACAACUUUAGCAAAAAAGGAAGUUGGUAUCACAAAAUUCCCUUCAUUAGUGCUCUUCAGAAAUGGAGUGCCUGUUGUUUAUAAAGGUAAACUGAAGGAUGAGGACAAUGUCUUGAAGUGGGUCACAAGUGAAGAUGUUCUAGAUGAUCCAGAAAAAAUUGAAGAAAUCAAUCUUAAGAUGCUGGAAAAAAUGUUGGACACAUCUAAUUUUGUAGCUGUUCUUUUCUAUAAGGAUCACUGUAAUGAGUGUGAUAAAGUAUUGACAGAACUGGAGAAUAUUGAUGAUGAAGCUGAACAAAAUGACAUUGACUUUGUUAAAGUCAGUGAUCCUGUUAUUGCUAAACAGUACAAUAUCCUGUCUUUUCCUACAUUGGUCUUUUUCAGAAACAAAUUCCCUCAGUUUUAUGAAGGGAACCUGAAGAAUGAAGAAGAUGUUCUUCAAUGGCUAAUUGAUAACAAAGAUGUGGAAGAAGAAGUCAUUGAACAUGUAGAUAGAAGAAUGCUAGAGAUGUUACUGGAUGAUGUAGAAAACCUGGCAGUCUACUUUUAUGAAGAUGAUUGUGCUGAUUGUGAGGCUAUUCUUCAAGAGCUAGAAAAUAUUGAUGAUGAUACAGAUCGCCAUGGCAUCCACUUUGUUAAAACAGGUGAUGUGACACUUGCCAAAGAGUUAGGAGUCACAGAGUUCCCAUCUUUGGUUUAUUUUGAAGAUAAAAUUCCUAGUAUUUAUUCAGGUGAUCUUAGGGAUGAAGAGAAAGUUUUGGAGUGGCUAAUUAAGCAGAAAAAUGAAGAUACGAUUGAGAACAUUAACAGAGAAAUGCUGUUUAAGUUGAUUGAAGAACAAGAUUAUUUAGCAGUAUACUUUUAUCUGGAGGACCACAAAGAAAGCCAAGAAAUUUUGAAACAUUUGGAAGAGAUUGAUGAUGACUGCAGUGACUAUGAAGUUCAGUUAGUGAAAAUGAAAGAUAACUUGAUGGCCAAGAAAUAUCAUAUAAGAAACCCUCCUGGACUUAUCUUCUUCCGCCAUGGGAAAGAUAUAAAAUAUCCAGGUGAUCUCUAUGAUGAAGAGGAAGUAUUGGAAUGGCUGACAAACCCAGAGAACAUGGAACUGAGUGAUGCUAUUGAGAAAGUGAAUCGUAGAAUGUUUGAGAGGGUUCUGUCUCGAUCUGAUGUUGCUGUGUUUUUUUAUACCAAGUCAAAAUGUAAGACAUGUGACAAGGUUCUGGAGGAAUUGGAGAAAAUUGACGAUGAAGCUGAUACUGCAGAAAUUCACUUUGUUAAAAUUGAUGAUCCAAACUUUGCAAAGAAAUUUGGUGUUUUUGCACUUCCUGCUGUGGUGUUUUUCAAGCAGAAUGAAAAAGAACCUGUAAUAUAUGCAGGGGAUUUAAAAAAUGGGGAAAGGAUUUUGGAGUGGCUUCUUCUACAGAAGGAUCCAAGCAGUGAAAUGAUUGAAGAAGUAGAUGGAGAGGAGCUACAGCAGAUGAUUGAAAAGGCUGAAUCUCUUGCUGUUUACUUUUAUGACAAGCAACUCUGUGAAGGGUGUGAGGAUGGUAGCCUGGACAAGCCUGAUUGUACUGAGUGUGAAGACACUCUGGUAGAACUUGAAAAUAUUGAUGACGACACAGACCGACAUGGCAUCCAGUUUGUUAAAACCUCAGACGUUCGAAUAGCAAGGGAGUUUGGUGUAAAGAACUUUCCUGCAUUAGUCUACUUUGAAAGUCAGAUUCCAAGUGUUUAUGAAGGAGAUUUAACUGCAGAAGAGGAGGUUUUACAGUGGCUCAUUCUCCAAAAGGCUGAAGACACUAUUGAAACUGUCAAUAGAGACAUGUUAGAGAACUUGAUUGAGGAAAAACAGUAUCUUGCUGUUUUUUUCUACAAGCAACACUGCAGGGCAUGUGAUCAAGCUCUUGAAGAACUAGAAAACAUUGAUGAUGACACUGAUCUCUUUGGUAUUCAGAUGGUAAAAAUUUGUGAUACAGGGCUUGCAAAACGAUAUGGGAUUAAAACUUAUCCUGCUCUUGUUUACUUCAGGAAUGGAAAUCCUCUUGUAUUUGAUGGUGACAUGAAGAAUGAAGAAAUGGUUUUAGAAUGGCUUACUGAUGAUGAAAACAGAGAAUUGGUUGAUGAGAUUGAAGCUGUUAAUGCUAGAAUGUUAGACAAACUCAUAGAAGACUCUCCAUUCUUGGCUGUGUUUUUCUAUGAGAAUGAUUGCGAUGAAUGUCAGCGAGCACUGCAAGAACUGGAGAAUAUUGAUGAUGAAGCUGAUCUCUUUGGCAUUGAUUUUGUUAAGAUUAAUGAUGCAGAAGCAGCAGCCAAGUGGAAUAUACUUCAUAUUCCUACUUUAGCAUACUUCAGGAAAAAAGUACCUUUGUUCUAUGAUGGUGACCUUCAAGAUGAAGACAGAAUUCUGCAGUGGUUGACAAGUCAGGAUGUGUUUGAGAUCAAGGAUGAAAUUGAAGAGGUUAACAGGAAAAUGUUAGAAAAGCUGCUAGAGGAAAAUGAUUUUGUGGCUGUUUAUUUCUAUGACAGCAACUGCAUCAAGUGUGAUGAAGUUCUUGAAGAACUUGAGACAAUUGAUGAUGAAACCGAUGAACUAGACAUCAUGUUUGUUAAGAUUAAAGACCCACGUUAUGCCCGAAAAUAUGGGAUUACUAAUUUGCCAGCUCUCGUUUACUUCCGUCGCAAGUUCCCUUCAAUUUUUCGAGGUGAUCUCAUGGAUGAAAAUCAAGUUCUAGACUGGCUUCAGAAAAACCGCUAUCGACAUCCUGAAUUAAAUCUCUUCAUGUAUGCUCUUGGAGCAAUCACAACUGCUUUUAUACUCUACACUUUGUUCCUCAUGUUUUGCUUUCGUGGAAAUAAGGAUAAGCGAGACUGAAAUUUCAAAUUAAAGAUCUGUAUGUGUUCCUAAAACAAACACAAUUUGUGUGUGCGUGUGUGUGCUGCUGAGAUAUGGCCUGGCCAGUUUACAUCUUGUGCCUUCUCAUCCAUGAGAAGGAAACUUAUUUUCCAUGGAAUGUACACUUAUUAGGAAAUUUAUAAAAAUUCCAGGAUGUUACUUGAUUUAGGUACUUGCGUUUUAGCCUUUUAAAACAUAGCAAUAAAGUAUGUUCUUUCAUCAUCUCAAAUCAUUUUAUUUUUACUGAAUUCAUAAUAACUAGUUUUUAUUGAAAACAUUGCACUUGAUUUGUAGCAUGUAAGCUGAAAAGUGUUUUAAAAUUACUCACUUAAAUUAUUUAUGAUAAAGCAUUUAUUUAUUCCUUAGAUUCAAACAGAAGUUUAAGUGUUUUACAAGAACAAGUUUAUUAGGUGUUAGUGUACAAUUUUAAAAGAAAAAAUAUAUUAAAAAGCUCCAGUCAUCUAUACAACUAGUAUUUGUACAGAUGUAAUAAUAUUCAUAAUCUGAAUGUAGGAUUGACUUUAUUUGUAGCAUAUUGACAUGUUUUUUCCUGUAGCAUAGUGGCAGAAGGUGUUAUUGUUGAACCAUGUUUAUUGAGUAAGGAGAAGAAAAGCUCACAUCCACAAUUUAUUUAUUUGAAAAAAAUGUGAAUUUCAGAUUAUGAGAAAAUUCAAAUAAAUUAUUUUUCUUCCACAACCAUUUAUACAAACAAGAUUGGUGUAUAAGAAAUUGUUUUAAUCAUAAAGAUGUGUUGUGGGGAUAUUUAACAUGUUUUUGUAAACUAUUAAGCAACUAUUAGCAGUGAAAAGGUGUUUGCCUGGGGGAAUUAGGGAACCUAAAAAGUUGUCCAUCAAAUUUGAUUUUGGGAGCCAAAAAACUAUCUUUAGGAACAACAAAUGAUAAUGAGUUGAGAGUUUUGAGAGCCAAAACAUUUGCCCAGGGGAAUAGUAAAACAUUCUGGUGAUUGCAGUUUUUUGGACCCAAAACACAGCAUUUAAGGUUAACAUAUAUUGCUGAUGUUUAAAGGUAUUACCAUAUAAUUAGUGAAAUUGUUUUGACAUUGCAGUUGUCUAUGUGCACAUUUAAUUGUCAAUACAGCCUGACAAGAGUUAUUAAAUGGAAGUAAUUCAAAGAAUUUUUUUUGUAAAUCAUGGAAAAAGAAAACACUCAGCUCACACACACACUUGAAGAUCCAAUUACACAAGCAGUAAAACUCCUAUCUCUAGUCAGGCUUUUUAGUUUAUCACAGUAGUUUUGUUGUGUAUGUGUAUAUCUCAGUUGUUACAAAAGCUUAUUCUGUGCAUUUUUUUUGUCUAGAAUCAGACUUUUGUUUCUCUUGAAAAAAAACAGUUAAAAUUCCAGACCUUGAGACUAUGAUAAAUACAUAUCAUGUCAUCAAUGACACCAUAAACAAAAAAAGGAUACUAAGGUCCACAUGUACUUUCAUCUCACUGCCUUGUUUUAAAAUGUAAUGUAUUGUGGGAGUGUUGUAGCUGUAGGACAUGCAGGAUUACAAUUCAGUGGUCAACUGAUGAGUGUAGUUUGAACUCUCCAAAACAUUUCAGAAGAGCUUUACUAAUUUGGUUUGUGAAGGUACCAAACUUUGUGUGAUUGUUUUAUUUUUGUGAGUCCCUGCUUAUCAGACUCACUCUCUUUAUACUACUACUUUUCAUCUGUACGCCUCCUGCUUAAAGCCAAUAAAAUGAUUCUACAUAA